AUGGCUGCAGCGUUGAACUUUUUGGACGCUUACCAUAAGGAUGGUGACUUUUUACUCGAUCGCAUCGUUACUGGUGACGAAACAUGGGUGAAACACGUGAACUGUGAAACGAAAUUGCAAUCAAUGCAGUGGGGGCACACAAGUUCUCCCCAAAAACCCAAGAAAUGCAUGCAAACAAUGUCGGCAAGGAAGAUCAUGGCGACUGUUUUUUGGGACAGAAAAGGUGUGAUUUUGGUGGACUUCCUGGAAAGAGGCACUACAAUAAACUCUCAAAGGUAUUGCCAAACUCUCCAAAAACUCAGAAGAGCAAUUCAAAACAAGCGCAGAGGAAUGUUGAGCUCUAAGAUCUUGUUGUUUCACGACAACGCCCGGCCCCACACGGCAAAUGUCACUCGUAAAGUUCUUGAAUCUUUUAAGUGGGAGUUGUUUCCUCAUCCACCGUACAGUCCCGACCUGGCACCGAGCGACUUCCACCUAUUCCCAGCAAUGAAGAAGUGGCUGGCUAUGCAGCGUUUUGAUGACGACGCACAGCUGCAAGAAGAGGUCAUCCUAUCUAAUCAUUAUGAGUACACAAAUCUUACCAAUUUACAUGAAUCAGAAGAGAAAGAGUCAUUUAAUAUCUAUGGAAUUGUGGACAAAUGCGAUUUGAAAGUUACCCAUGGUAAAAAAUCCCAAAUUUUAGACCUUUGUUUAACUGAUGAAACUGAAGUAGGCUUUACUUGUUCUGUGUUCGCUGCCAAAGAUGAAAAUUUUCCUGAUGUUUAUCCGGGUGAUAUCAUUCGGGUUCAUCGUAUGCAAGUCUACAAAUUCCGAGGAAAAUUGAAAGGGAAAUGUUUAUCUUCCAAGUUUAUUUUAGUAUUUAGUAAAAGCAAUAAUGGUACUAAACCAAAAACUGUUGCAAAAUCAUUUACAUUUACACCUCACGAUGAAGAAAGGGUCAAAGAAUUGUUUGAAUGGAAUCAAAAGCAAAGCGACCCAAAGCUUAUCAGUGAAAUAAAUAAGGAUGAUUUUGUGAAUAUCAUAUGCCAAGUGAUAGGAGUAUAUAUUGCUAAAACUACAGAUGCUGUAAUCUUGAAAAUAUGGGAUGGAACAAAAACUAAUUUAUUUCCUGGGUCUCAUUUUGGGUUUCGAGAAGAAAAACUCGAUCAGAGACUUUUCAACAUUGCAAGAAAUUAUUAUGUUAUUUUGUCAGUUUAUGGUAAUUAUAUUGGAAUAGCUGCCGAGUUACAACCUGGCCAAUAUAUUGAAGUUCUUGAUGCUCAUUUAUACAGUCCUAAAGAUAAUCCAGACGAGUGCAAGCUUUGCUUACAUGCUGGGAAUAAAGGUAGACGAGGAAUUAGUGUCCUUGAUGAUGAAGAUGAGAAAUUAGUGAAUUUAAAAGAACGGCUGGGGAAAAUUAUAUCUGAUUCAGAAUUUUCAAAGCAAACAGAUGAUUUACUUAGUGAAAACAAUAGUAUUUUCCUAAACUGUGCCCAACGGGAUUGCUGUUUAUCCUAUCGCAGUAUUGCUGCUCGCGUCGGUCGAAAUCCAAUGACAGUUAGCAGAACAUGGAUUCGAGGGAUUCAGGAUGGUAAUACAGAUCGCUGUGCCGGUGCUCAACGGCCAGUAAUCACUAGCAGCCGAGAGGAUAGGCAUGUUAUCCGCAUGGCUUUAAUGGAUCCUUCUCAAAAUGAAAAUGCAAAUGAUCCGAGCACAUCAAACCAAAAUGAGGAGAAUUUAAAUGAAGAUAUUGAGUUAUUAAAUAAACCUUUGGUUUCAAAACAUGAAAAGAUGGAAUCUUCUCAAAGCACAGUUGUUUCUGUUGUUGAUGCUGCUAUUCAGCCUGGGCAGUCAACUCAAGAAUUUGGAGCUGGAAUGCAAAGAGAAUCUCAAAGAGCGAAGUAUAGUGAUAGCAGUAGAGCGUCUGCAGCUAGUGAACCUGAUGUAUUAAUCAAUAUGACGCCUGUUGAAAGAAGAUAUUUUUUCCAUGAUCCAUUGAACUUAGGAAGCCAACCAGUGAGUCCGACCUUUCAUCCACUUAUUGAUGGCACUCAAGAAGAAUGGUGGAAAUCAAAAUCCACUUUAUCAGUUACAGAUGGACAUGGAGACAUCAAGCCAAGCUCAUUGCAAGAAAUAAUUCAACAUUCUGUGCCUUUUAAAUUUCGCACACUUGCUGCUGUUUUAGAUUUUAAGCCCGAAGCUAGAAAUAUAUGCAAAUUAAUCCAUUUAUAUUGUCCAAAAUGCUUCUAUCUUACAGAAGAUGCUGAACCUGAUUUAAGACCAUUUGAAACUAAAGAUGGAAUUCCAUAUUUUUACUGUCCUGAAUGCUUAGUAAAAACUAAUGAUUUUCAAGUGCCAAGUAAAUUAGAAUAUACAUUUUUAGUUUCACUAUUUCUUGAUGAUGGUUCUGGCUCAGCUUCUAUAGAAGUUUAUUUAUGGCAACAAAAUGCAAUCAAUUUUUUCAAGGGCAUUACCCCAGAACAAGCAUUAAGUGAUAAACGGACAGCCGAGUUCAUUUUUCAAAUGUUGUGGAAAAUCUGCCCUAAUUGCAAACCAUUUAACUCAUCAGAUACUAAAGAUAAUAACUGUUUGGCAUAUCCUAUUUUAGAUUGCUGUAUAUUUUCAUACUCUGCUGCUAACCACACUGAAUAUCAAAUGUUUGAUACUUUAUUAAUCUGA